UGUCGGGGCGGCGUUGAAACGGAAGUGGAUAUGUGACGUUUACCGGAAGUCAUACCGAGCUGUGACGGGGGAAGAUGGCGGCUUUCAGUAAAGCGGGGAAACAGGCGCAGCGCAGCCACCGCGAGCGCUCACAGCCAGCUUUCCGGAAGCGUCUGGGUCUGUUGGAGAAGAAGAAGGAUUAUAAGCUUCGUGCACAGGAUUACCACCGGAAACAGAACACCCUAAAGGCAUUACGCCGCAAAGCGUUAGAGAAAAAUCCAGAUGAAUUCUACUUUCGAAUGAUCAGCACUAAACUCCAGGAUGGAGUACAUGUCAUCAAGCAGCUGGAGGAGGAGGUCACGGAGGAGCAGCUGAAAAUCAUAAGAACACAAGAUGUUAAAUAUGUGGGAAUGAAGCGAAUUGCAGAGGCAAAGAAAAUUGAACAACUUAAGUCUGAACUACAUCUCCUAGAGGCAGAUGGAAAACAACCCAACAAACACACCUUCUUCUGUGAAUCUAAAAAGGAAGUGGAACAGUUUGACUUGGCCAAGCGUCUGAACACUCUUCCAGAGCUGGUGAACCGAGUGUACAACCGACCAACAGUGGAAACCUUGCAGAAGGAGAAGGUGAAAGGAGUCAUUGAUCAUGAGGCUCAAGAGAGACUAGCCAAACAGAGGGAGCAGCAGUACUCCUUACUGAACCAGCGGAUUGAACGAGAGAAGAAGAUGUUUGUAGUGGAGCAGAAAAUACAGACUCGGAAAGAUCUCAUGGACAAGACCUACAAGGUGAAGGUGAAAAACGAAACCAAGAACUCGCCGGCCAUUUACAAAUUUAAAUUUCGAAGAACACGCUGAUCCAAUUUCAACAUUUAUUAUCUUGGAAGAUUGUCUCUGAAGAUGAAUUUGUCUACUUAAGACAUGUAUGAUGCUGCACUAUAUUGAUUGUAUGUGAAACGUCAAUAGAACAUUAAACAAAUCAAAAGAUAAA